GCGAGCAUGCGUGAGAGUAGCAGCGGUCGAUUGCUUCAUUCAUUUUCUGACAAGAGUAGCGCAGCGUGUGCCGAUGCAAAGUAGGCAACACUCAACCCCGCUGGUUAAAGUAGCUAGGCGUUUACUUUGCUAUGAUAUUUUGGCGUUGAGCGAUGGAAAUGAAAGACUCGUGCAGUGUAAUUUUAACAGCAUACCAUUCAUACGCACCGUCCAGGAUACAUUUGGUGGAUGAGGGCUGUGCUACUCCGCUGUCUCCAAGACACUCUCCUUGCAGGAAGGUGCAGUACCAGGGGAUAGGCCUACUAGGCAGGAUGAGUUCUAGGGGGACCAGGCCCUCUUCCCCCCCCAGCCCACCGGAGCGGCCAGCGUYGCGGGACUCCCAGGACUCCAUGGAGGACUACUGGAGCGAAGUGAAGAACAUCGAGGAAGAUGGCCAGCGGGGCCACGGGGACUUGCUGGAGAGGGGCAGUAUGGACGAGGCGGAGCUUGAGGAGGCGUGGCUGCAGGAUGCGGGUCUGUCCACGCUGGUGUUGGGGGCGUUGGGGGAGGGGCCUGCGGAGGCGCUGCUCUCUACACUGUCGCGCUCGCAGGCAGCCAUGGUGAAGAAGCGUGUGGAUAAUUACACCCUGACCGUGAGGAGGCGGAGCAAGCAGCCGACCAGACACGUCCGAGACGUCUUCUCCACGCCAGACACAUCGCCAGUUGAUCCCUUACCCCCUGUCCCCCCCAAGUCACCCAAUGGAGACAUGCCUUCCAGAUGCGUCCACCGGACGUCUAGAGUGCGGCCCGCGUGUCCCAGCUUCUCCCAGAGCACAGAGAGACGUGUUUCAGAGUGCCCUCCCUGCCCACCACCUCAGGACACCUCUGACUCCCUGUCUUUCGAGGUGCCCUACUCCGAGGGCAUCACUGCCCACCGCAGAGGCCGCCAGGGGGACUGCAAGGACUGCCAACGCAUCCGCAGAGAUGACCAUGACCUGCCAACAUUUCAGCUGCCCAGGCCUAAACUGGGCCUCACCCGCAUCCAGGACCUGUCUUGUGAGGACAUGAAGAAGAUCGGCUACAUCUCUUUGAUUGAACUGACCACCUUCUACGACGGCCUGGGCAUCGAGCUCAAGCGCAACCGCGCGGCACGUAGCAAGGCCAGAGAAAGUGGUAUAUUUGGAGUUCCCCUGACCACUCUACUGGAGAAUGACCAGAAGAAGUUCCCUGGGUCCAAGGUUCCUCUCGUGUUCAGAAAGCUCUUGUCCAAGCUGGAGCAGACAGGACUACAGACUGAGGGGAUUCUCAGAGUACCAGGGUCUGCCUCCAGAGUAAAGCAUCUGCGCCAGGAGCUGGAACAGAAGCUCUAUGAGGACCGGUUUGACUGGGAGCAGGUGAGGCACAAUGAUGCAGCGGGUCUGCUGAAGAUGUUCAUCAGAGAGCUGCCUUAUCCUCUGCUCACGCUCCAGCACGCUCCUGCCUUCGCCGCCGCACAGAAUAUCUCCUCUCCCAGACAGCAGAUCCAGGCCCUGCACCUCCUCAUCAUGCUGCUCCCUGAGCCCAACAGAGACACACUCAAGGCCCUGCUGGAGUUCCUGAGGAAGGUGGUAGCCUAUGAAGAGAAGAACAGGAUGAGUCUGUGGAACGUGUCCAUGAUUGUGGCUCCCAACCUCUUCACCUACCGGGGCAAGAAUGCCAAACAGGAGGAGAUGGAGGGCGCAGCAGGGGCAGCCCACCUCGUACGGCUACUCAUCACACACCAGGACCUGCUCUGGACCGUGCCCUGCUUUCUCAUCUCCCACGUGAGGAAGUUAAACGAGGCUGGUGCCAGCAAGAAGCCGCCCAGCUCAGAGAAGACGAAGAGGAAGCUGCUGCUGAUGAGGAGGAAGACCAUUGAACGAGAGAAGACUGAGAGGAGCGAGCUCACUGACCUCCGACAAGGGGUCAUCAGGGUUCACGCCCCACUACACGCCAAGAUCUCCAUGGCGAUCCAGCUUGACAACGAGACCAAGGCCAAAGACGUUAUGGCGCGCUUCGACUAUGAGAACGGUCGUGGCACCAGAAGCACUAGCCGGAGGCCACAUCAGUAUCUGUUUGAGGUCGGAGGAAACAUAGGUGAACGCAGCUUGGACCCUGAGACUCACCUUUUAGACGUGUACCACGUGAAUCCCCACUGCGAAUGGGUCUUAAAACCCACAACCACAUGAGAACUGAGGAUUCACUCACUCAACACAGAGCACAAGCAGACUGAACCACUGCUCUCUUGAGGUCGUCCUGGUGAACUGACCAUGCAUGGAGGCCUGGUUGAAUUGCGGUUUCAUCCCCAACUACAGACCACUAAAAAGAGAGACAGCGCUUAAAAAGGAACUAUGGAGAGGUACAUUCUCCUGCUGAAGGAAAGAAGUUCCUGUUUUGUGGGAUUAAACCUUUUUAACAAAUUACAAAAAAAAAAGGGCGGAACCAAUGUUCUCUGCAAAUAUGGGUUCUGUAUGGAAGUAUUUGGAGGAGGGACAGCUUUGUGAACACGUGCCACAAACACGUGACCAACAACAUACCAUUUCUGGACAUUCUAAUGGUUUGAUGCCAAAUAUGUGCGCAGCGUGGUUCACCCACUACAGAGGCCAUGGACACAGUAACAGACAAGGAUGGGUCUGAUAAUCAAAUAAUGUUUACCACUUCAUGCAAGACCCAGUUAACAUACAUUUGCUAUAUUUAUACCACUAAUUGAUCCUGCUUUUAGUAUUGUCACACAUACUACAGGUACAUUUUGUGUCAUUUGUAAUUGCAGCAUGUUGAUUGCAAAACCAUUGGGAGUGAGGAGAUUCMGAACGAGUGCAUGAUGGGAAGGAACAAGCRGAGAUGGGAUGAUCUGAUACUGAAUACAGACAUUGUUUCCAUCUCCAACGUUGAAACAACUUCCUUUUCAUGGUCUCCUGUCCUCUGCUGACCAGAGAUCUGGUGUAGUACUGAUCAGGACUAGGGAGGUGAUAACAAUUUAGUGAACGCCUAUCCAGUCCCUUCACCUGUCAGUGGUCAUGAAGGAAAGGUGAUGAGGAGAGGAAGCCGUGUCAGAGUAUUGAAACACAGCCCCACAUCAGAAACGUUGAACAAGGAUUCCAACCAUUGUCAAACCCGCCUUCUCUGCUUUCUGGGUUUGCAUGUUGAACACUUAAACCUCUCCCUCCUAAUACAUCUCCUCACCCCAAUGGACUGUAAAUGUGAAAACCAUGUACACACUACAGUCUGACUUAACACUCAACACUCCUGUGUGUCUAGUCUACAUAAGGGACUUGCAUUACUAAUGACCUGAACUGCAUGCCUGGAGAGUGUUUACAAUACAUCCUCUAAUGAAGAAGAGGAGAAAAGGCCAUUAAAAAAGGAGCUUCAUAGCAGUUUGCCUGACAUGCUCCCAAACUGAUUUUACUACGUUUCACUUCAAACCACAUUGUUCAGUCUGUUUUAACCAGGCUAGUCUUAGCCUGCGUACAGUGUUUGAAYUUGUGAAUGUUUACUUUCAGGGCAUGUAUGUAUGUAUGUAUUAGCCCAACCAACCUCUCUCCACUUUGUUCUGGGUCGUUCCACCAACUUUGUGCCUUUUGUGAAGUGUAACUUAGUMAAAAAUAUUGAUUUCACUUCAUUUUAACAUUCUGUMAUAAAGAGCACAUGUUAAACUUAA